AUGCUGGGCAUCGUAAACCAACCUCCUUUAUUGACGAUCAAGCCGAUUGCUUACUUUAUGGUGGCCGAUAUGGAGCAGAGUGGAACAGAUCCUGGUCAAGUGGUCAUACGGCAGGUGCUUGAUGUGAUUUGUGAUGGUUCAUUUUGUGACAAUACGUUAUGUACUCUUGGAAUAUCUCAACCUACAACUGACUACUUCUCUUUGUUCCAGACGGGAGAGCUGGACGCCUACCUCUGCAAGCAGGAGUUCGACCGUCUGCAGCGACUCGAAGAAGAGGCGGCGGCGGCCGAGGCGUCUUUCGCAGAACUCGACAAACCCAGGAGAGAGUCAGCCUCCACCAUCGAUGACUUCUUCGUCGACUCCCCCCACUCGCGGACGGGACACCCCAGCAUGUCCUACGUGUCGCCGAAGACGGUCCACGGGGUCCCGGAGGACGACGUCUUCCUCAAACCUCCACUCUGGGAGGACAUCACCUCCAGCAUACAAAAGCUGGACCCGGAGAACGCGGAGAUGAUUACGGGGAUGAACGCACAGAUAAAGCUGGAAGUGACGGACGAUAUGUUGAAUCCAGAACCUGUGCUGCAUCCUUUGACCAUCAAGACGGAAAGGUCCUCGGCUCCUGGUCCCGCGAGCCCGUGCCCGCUCUACCAGAGCUACAAGAUGCCCUACCUCCCUAGGUUGCUGUAUGCGCCGCCGCCCACGCCGCCCAGCUCUGACCCUGGGUCGCCCGGGGCGGCGCUGCCUCGAAGGACUCCGCCCCCACCCUACCCGGUGCCUCAGGUCAUCCACACACACACCAAGUACAACCGCCGCAACAACCCGGAGUUGGAGAAGAGAAGAGUUCACCACUGCGACUUCAUAGGCUGCACCAAAGUCUACACGAAAAGCUCCCACCUCAAGGCCCACCAGAGAAUACACACAGGGGAGAAGCCGUACCGAUGCCAAUGGCCCGAGUGCGAGUGGAGAUUCGCCCGCUCCGACGAGUUGACGCGCCACUACAGGAAACACACGGGGGCGAAGCCCUUCAAGUGCGCGAUCUGCGAGAGGUCCUUCGCGCGGAGUGACCACCUCGCGCUGCACAUGAAGAGACACCUUCCCAAGACGCCCAAGUGAGGAGCCGCCCGAGUUGGGUGCGUCACUUCCAAGAGGUCCUCGGACUUCGCCCCUCCGGAAGAGUUGGACAUCCGAGGAGACUCGUGAAGACACAACGUCUCUAUGAUGGUGAAAUGUAUCACUUUCCUUGCCCGUUGAAAUUUAUAGGUUUAAUGUAUACUGUAAAUAUUGAUUUACACUGAGCAAUAGUUUACUAAAUAAUUCGUUUGAUCAUACUUACUUCUAAGGAGCUAAAGUUUAAGCAUCUAUUUUGUAAGAUUUGGUGACCUAUCCUUGACUUAUUGAGAACAAUUAAGAUUCUUUUCCUAAUUAAAGUUGUAGCCAACGAACAUUGUUGAAUUGACAAUUUCAUAACGAAUAAUUCCACUCACCUCCAACACAUAUGGCCAGAAGUCUUAACCUACUUCCAAAAUAAUUUAUAAUUCCACUGUUAGCUUUAUGAAUAAUCUACAAAAUUUAGGUUCCUCAUUUGGAAAAUGAUCUCUUUUUAUUUAUUUGUUACGAGAUCCACCUCAAUGGAAGUGCCUCCUGUCCGGUGCGAUAGUUGUAUAUCUGUACAGUAGAACGUGUACAAAGUUUAGUGCCUUGUCCAUUCCAAAGACUUUGUGUGUUAAACUGACAAGUGCCUGAAAACCCCUGUUCAAACCAGAAAUCCCAGUGAUGACAGUAUUAUGUUUCUUUGAAAGACAAUUUUUGUUUUAGAUUCUAAGUUUUCAGUAUUAAUUCUUUGAUGGUAGCUGUUUUUUAUUGCAUUUAAAGUUUUUUUCGUCAUACUGCAGCGAAAAUAGUGUUCAAUAAAUUGCAAAACUAAAGGGAAAUCUAGGUU